UCCGACCACACAGUCUCUCUCUCUCCAAGUUGUGAAUCACGCCAAUCUCUUAUUAUGAGCACUCUUUCUUGAAAAUAUUCUUUAUACCAGCUCGAACCAUGCCCCUGAAAACCGGUCGGUCUCGCGCUCGCACCAAGCCAAAUCAGAAGCGGCGGCGACAUUCGAACGACGAUAUCGAUGAUGACCCGAACGCAGAUAAACCGCCCCGGUCCAAAUCCGCAAAGACAACGAGCAUGCAACCGCGACGAAUGUUGCAAUUACUGGCGUCAGCGAGCCCAGGGAUCCCAAGAUGCCCCCAUCGAAACUCAUCCCGCCCCCCCCCCCAUCUUCCUCGAUGUACGAGCGACCAUAUCGAACAACGUCGGUGUGGGCGUAAUUCCUUCUGCUCUCCGUUCCAUUAUUAGUGAAUAUCACUCAGAGGAUACCCUGACAACUCCAGACUACGCCUAUGGCGAUGGAUCAACUGCUACUCAGCGCUAUCGUUCGAGUCGACUAUGGGAGACCGUUCUGGAUCUGUGGACCGAAGCUGACUGUUGCGCAAACCCAACGGAUGACGAAAAUGCUUGGUCUCGCCUAGUAGACCGCAUACUUCGCGUUUCUGUCUCUGGUAGUGAACUUCUAAAGGUCCGGAGUCUCCAGACCCAGUCGUUCCAUGAGUAUCUCCUGCCAGCACUACCAUCCGGAAUGACGGUAAAUAGGAAAGUCGAUUAUUGCCUAACAUCGUCUAUCGACAAUCCCGAUUUUGGCCCGGUCUAUGACGUCUUCUCGUCCGGGGCGUCGACGUUAACACUCGGGUUGACCAACGACGCAGUGGCGGAGAGUUUACCCAUCCUUUUUGGAGUCGAAAUUAAGAAAAUUAAUGGAGAUGUCGACGACGCGGAGGUGCAAUUGAAGAUUUUUUUUCAUGCGUUCUUCAAACGACUGGAGUACAUUGAGACGUAUCUUGAGCGAAAGGUUGAUAUGGCGGUGAUGGGUGUCGUCGUGCACGGGCACACCUGGAUCCCUUACGUAGCUUGUCGCGAAGGGACAGAAUUGCACGUUGAGCGUUUAGCCCACGCAAUCUGCCACACUGAAAGUUUUCUCGGCGUGUUCACCACAAUAUCUCUUCUGGACCGCAUCCAAACAUACAUUGAGAACGUUCUUUGGCCCGUUUAUCACAACCAGAUAAUCAUCCCGCUGGCAAACAAACUCAUACAUUCUCCCGCGCCUGAUCCCAUCACAGGCCAAGCCCCGAUGCCUCUUAAGACCAUUCACAAGGAGCUAUUGGCGCGCGUAGUUGCAUCAGGUGCCAUGCUGGGGAGGAGCGAGAGGAGCGCCGACGAGGAUAUUGAAAGGGAUGGCCAUUUCAUUCAAGAAAAUAAAAUGGCAUUACAGGAACAUGCCGCCGCCAGUAAUGAUGGAUACACAUCUACUGUCUACAUGAGUGAUGUUGGUGCCAACGCACCCAAAAGACAACCACACACACACACUCCCCUAGUAGAUUCACUAGGUCCUUCCUGAAGGGGAACUUUACGAAUGUCUUUCAGAAACUGAUCCACAAAGGAGGUGGCUCUUGAACCACCGACCACCUCAUUGACGGCGGCCCGACAUCCCCUACAAACAUGAUUCGGCAACAGGCUCCUCGGGCGAAAUAUCUUCGUUUAAAUUUUCCUCGUCCGUAUCCUAUUCCUUUAUUUUCCCCUGACCCCUAUCCCGGUGUGUUGUUUGCACUUAAUGUCGUUCGGAAAUUGCUUUUUGUAUUGUCACAUUGGUGUCUCACAUUCCGGCGGGCUUUUGGCGUGGUGCUUUGGAUUUCUUCUGCUUUUAGCGUGGUAUUUUGGCUUUCUUCUGCGUUUAGCAUGGCGUCGGGGGUGUUAUUUGACAUGUUUUUAUUGGUAAAACAAAUAAUGCAGCAUUCGCUCUUGCAGUUUAAAAAGCUGUAUUCACAACCAACCAAAAACACAGUU